AUGGUAAAAGGGAGAGUGAAAUUUAAGAAGUGGCUCUUUGAAAAAUUGCGCGAAUGGGAAGCAGAUGAGGUGAUUUUUGGUAAUUACAUAAUAGAUAUGUUGGAGAGCGACGGGCCAGAGGACGAGAAGGUGGAAAUAUUGCAGGAUCUCCUGAGUGCGAUCUUAAGUGAGGAUGCCACCAACUGGGUUAGUGCCGUACUUCAGAAAUUCGAUGAACUUGGUCUAAAGGAAAAGGAGACAUUAAAACCUUUCGUCACUGAAGUUAAUGGUCGUGUGCCUAAGUUGCUUGAAACUCAAAAAGUCCAUAUGGCUCCUGAAAAAUGGAAGUACACCAAACUCGAGCAAUCCAUUCGUGAUGAAAUCGUUUCACGCUACUCAUCUAAUACUGUCGUUAAAACUGAUAAGCUUCAAGCUCGUAGGACUCGUGCAUUAACUAGCGUCUUCUCUGACGGUACUGAGUUUUAUGAUGUCGCCCAACUACAAAAGGAACGCAGAGAAGAAGCACGUCUUGCCAGGGAGGCCCAAGAAGCAAAGCAGCCAGACGAACGUGAGGUGCUUAAACAGUUGCGUCAGCAAAGAAACGAGAAGCGUAGAAUGGAAAGAAAGGCGCGUCUAAAAUUGUGA